UUCAAUUCCAUUUGGAACCUCCAUUUUCUCGCCAUGCCAAAGGUGUGGGCUUCGGCCUUCUCCGCCAGGCGGCGCUUUUCUCGAGGUUUGCUUCUAUGUCAGGUUCUGCUGGCGAUCUUGCUGGCGACAUGGAGAUUUUCCGCUUUCGCAGCGCCAAAGGUUGGUGAAAAGGUCAUCCAGGCCGUCAAAACAGAUCCAGUACUCCAACGGGGGGAGGUGUUGCCUGGCAAGGUGAAGACCGUCAGGGACAAUGGUCUGGUGAUCCAAACCAAGAAUGGCGACGGAUUUGCGCACAUCUCCCAACUCUCGGAUCGCUUCCUGGGGCACCCGGCGGAACUCUUCGACGAGCAGGACCAGGUGACGGCCCGCGUGCUGCGUCAUGAGAACGGUUUCUUGGAGUUGACUCUCAGGGAGUUGGGCACCAAAAAGCUGAAGGAUUUCAAGGUCAACCAGGAGUUGAAUGGUACGGUGACGGCCGUCUGCGGUGCUGGUGCAAACGUGGAGAUCGGGGCUGAAGACACGGCCUUCCUCCACGUAAGCUGCAUCCAGGACGACUUCCUGAUGGAUGCCCGCGAGAGACUACAAAAAGGCGACAAAGUCAAGGUCUGGGUCAAAAAGAUCGACCAUAAAGGGAUGAAGGUCACGAUGCUCGAGAGCCAACGAGAAAAGAAGACCAUCGCCAAAGGACUGAGGCUAGCCCGCAUGGAGGAGGGAGAGAUGCUCGGCGGCGAGGUGACUGGCGUCAAACCCUUCGGCGCCUUCGUCAACGUGGGCGCCGAACAGGAUGGUUUGCUCCAGGCGUCUGCAUCGAAGCAAGGACUAUAG